AUGGCCCCACUCGUGAUUCCUGAUGUAAUAGCCUCGCUGAACACCCGCCUCACAUGGGGUGUGGUGCUUGUCGGGGCGCUCAUUGUUCGGAUGGUGUUUAGACGGUGCUGCACGUCGAUUAGGGAUAUCCCCGGUCCGUUCUGGGGCUCCUUUUCCAGUCUUUGGGUGGUCGCUCAGCUAUACAAAGGCCACCUGGAAGAUGCGACACUCAAAUUACAUGAGAAGCAUGGACACUUUGUGCGGAUCCGAGAAAAUGAAGUUAGCGUGUCCCACCCGGAUGCAGUGAGACAGCUCCUGCAUGCAAACAUUGCAAAGGGCCCAUGGUAUGCCAUCUUUAGUCUUCCAGACUAUCACUAUGUCAACCAGAUGUCUGAGCUGGACCACCAGCGACACAUCGAGAAAAAUCGCAACAUUGCCUCGGGAUAUGCUCUUUCCAACAUCAUCAAGUCCGAACCAUAUGUCGAUGCCGUCCUGGAGCUGUUCACCAAUGCCAUGGCGGAACACGCUCAAGCCGGCAAGCCCUUCAAAUUCGAAACGUGGUUCACUUUCUAUGCAUUUGAUGUUCUCGGCGAGGUCACGUUCUCCAAAUCCUUUGGCUUUGUCGGGACUGGUACAGAUAUCGGAAAUGCCAUCUCCAACACCAGAGCCCUCGCUCUCUAUGUCGCCGUGAUGGGCCACUACGUCUGGCUCCACAAUCUCACCUUGGGCAACCCGCUCCUAAGCCGUCUAGGCAUUCAGCCUUCCUCGCACAUUUUCGAUACCUGUCUUGCGGCUAUCAAGGCGCGCAAGGAGAACCCUAAAAUGCGCAAGGAUAUGAUGCAGCAAUGGCUCGACACCCGUGCUAAAUACCCGGAUCGCAUGGCGGAGAGUGAGAUCUUCGGCGCUGCCGUGGCUAAUGUCGGUGCUGGGGCAGACACCGUCAGCUCGACUAUGCAGGCUCUGACCUACUGUCUCAUUCGCAGCCCCGAGCAUCUGCAGCGCCUCCGCGAGGAGAUCGAUGCUGCUCAGGCUCAAGGAGAACUUUCCCCCAUCGUUCAGUACAACGAAGCACAAAAAUUGCGCUUCCUUCAAGCUUGCAUCAAAGAAAUAUACCGACUCCACAGCGCGGUUCCUAGUCCGCUCCCACGCGUUGUGCCAAAGAGUGGAAUGACCAUUGGAGACAGAUACUUCGAAGAAGGCGUCAUUCUGAGCGUUAAUCCCUGGGUCUACCACCGGAACCCAGCGCUGUUUGGUGAAGACUGCAACACCUUCAACCCUAACCGCUGGCUUACGGGUGAGACGACAAAUAUGGAUUCCUUCCUCAUUCACUGGGGAGCGGGAUACAACCAAUGCCCCGGCCGCAACCUUGCUCACUUUGAGAUCACCAAGCUUAUCACCACUAUGGUUCGGGACUUUGAAUUCGAGCUGACGGAUCCCAAGAAAGAGUGGGAAUGGACGAACCACUUCACCGUUAUGCAGUGGGGGUGGCCUUGCAAUGUUCGCCGGCGUACUAAUGCAUGA